CAAUGAAUAAAAAAGAGCCAUCUUGGAGACUUUAGUUCAAACCUCAUCUCUGCCAAGGGAUCCCCGAGUGGUCUUCAGGAAUCCAUUAGCAAUCAGCCUCAGUUUUCCAUCUGUAAGAUGGGAACAACCGAGGCCUACCUCACAGGGCAGUUGUAAGGGCAAACACAGUGAGACUCUAAAUCACUUUGUAAACUUGAAAAAAGGGUAAUCAGGAGUAAUUGCAUCUUACUUUAUAAGCAGGCACACUUGGAAGCUGGUCUCCAAUGUUCGGCACACAUUUUCUGUAAGCACACCCACCAAAUAGCACAUACGCAAAACUGGUACACCCUGAGGAUAUUUCUAAAUGUAAGCAGCCUAGCUCUAUUUUAAGUCACUCGAGGGUGUGUGGGGAGGUGUUAUGUUUGUGCUUUUGGACUGACUGACCCCGAGACCUGAUCUCUGUUUUCACCCAUCUGCAUCCAGCUAAAAUGCCAACCCCAGCAGACCUUAUAAAUGAGGGUCUAGACAAGAUGACGAGAGUGGAGCGGGUUCAAGUACGAACAGAUGCUCCAGCUGAACAGAAAUGCUGUGGCUGCUCCUACACCGUGGAUCCAAUGCAUUGAUUUAUUAAGAAUUUUCUUUACAAUAUUUACGUACUGGCUUUCUACUGGAAUACUACAGGAAUACCACAAGGAAUUGGAGGCUCAUCCAUAUCACCAAAGACCAAGCCGCUUCUCUCAUCGAAGUCACGGACUGAACGUACCUUCAGAAGAAGUGCCAGUUUCUGGAGCUGAAACGCCUUUGUCAACACCCGCAGAAUGGUUGGUCUGAAGCCCACGGACCUGCCCCCAUCAGCCACCGUCAAAUUUCUCAGCGCUGGGAUGGCAGCGUGCAUUGCCGACCUCUGCACCUUUCCCUUGGACACAGCGAAAGUCCGGCUCCAAAUCCAAGGAGAAUCAAAAGCUUCCAAGGCGGCAAAGAAUGUCAAGUACAAGGGAGUCUUCGGCACCAUCACCACCAUGGUGAAGAUGGAAGGAGCCAAGAGCCUCUACAACGGCUUGGUGGCCGGCCUCCAUCGCCAGAUGAGCUUUGCCUCCAUCCGCAUCGGGCUGUACGACUCGGUCAAGCAGUUCUACACUCCCAAGGGAUCAGACAAUGCCAGCAUCCUCACUCGGUUGCUUGCUGGUUGCACUACCGGAGCCAUGGCAGUAACCUGUGCCCAGCCCACCGACGUGGUUAAAGUGCGCUUCCAAGCACAUUUCAGGGCGGUCAGUGGACCCAAGAGGUACAACGGGACCAUGGAUGCCUACCGAACCAUCGCUAGGGAAGAAGGAGUCAGAGGACUCUGGAAAGGUACCCUGCCAAAUAUCACCCGUAAUGCCAUCGUGAACUGUGGAGAGCUGGUAACCUAUGACCUCCUCAAGGAGACGCUGCUGAAAUAUCACCUCAUGACAGACAAUUUUCCGUGCCAUUUCGUUGCGGCCUUUGGAGCUGGUUUCUGUGCUACUGUGGUGGCAUCGCCUGUGGAUGUGGUCAAAACAAGAUACAUGAACUCCCUUCCCGGACAGUACAAAAACGCUCUGACUUGUAUGCUGACCAUGGCGGUGACAGAGGGACCUAACUCUUUUUAUAAAGGUUUCAUGCCCUCGUUCCUGCGCCUGGGAUCCUGGAACGUGGUGAUGUUUGUGUCUUUUGAGCAGCUGAAGAGGCUGAUGGUUCUGGCCCAGGUGGCCCGGGAGUCCCCUUUCUGAAGCCAGAAGUUGCCUCCAGGAAUGAGAAGGAGGAUCACGCCGGGGACUCCCCACGAGACGUAGGCGGGAGUGGAAAUUCAAGACACGGCCUUGGACGGCAAGCUUUUGCAAAACACUCUUGUCAUGGCGGCAAGAUGCACACAGCAAUUAUAUUAAUUGCUUCCGUAUGGGCUCGUCGGCUCGGUGAUGCAUAAUAUCUCAGCUAAGGAAAAAAGACUUUAAAAAGCAGAAGUGCCAAUGACUUCCGGAGGCCCUCCUCCGCCCAGGAAAAAAAAAAUGACAGAGAGAUUCUGGUACAUUCUUCCUGAGAAGGUUCGUCCAGGUUCGAAUGGGAUGUCGCAUGGACAGGUCAAAGGAUUGAGACUGACAGGUAAAUCUAUUGACUGGUUCAGAACCUCCUUCCCAUGGCUAACCUAAAUUCCUCUCUCAUCUGCCUAGAGAUGGCCUCUGCAAAACACCAGAGCCUGCCCUGCUGAACCUCCUGCAAUUCUGCUGGCAGGUGGACUCCUGCUGUAAAGAAGACAGAUUGGAUAAGGAAGCAGUGCCCCCCUUCUCACCCCCUCACUAGGAGGAGAUCAAAGCUCUUCCAUCAUGUCCCCCUUUUUGUACCACCUCCCCCCAAUAAAGUUUUUCUAUUU